AUGCCAACAAAUCGAUACUUUACUAUGAUAUCGAAUAUUGUUGAAUUUGUAAAUGCAGUCACAAAGGCAGCAAAAAAAUAUCCUAUUGAGGAACUUCUUGAGUCAUUACGACAAACGGUCCAAUCAUGUUUUUGCAAGAAUAGAGACAAUGCACAUUGUACUUUUACAAAGCUUGCAACCAAGUACGAAAAGUUGCUAAGAGAAAUGAGCCAUGAUGUGCAAAAUCUAAAGGUUUCCCCUGCAAGUCACACUUUGUUUGAAGUGCGAGAUGAUUCUUCAUCAUAUAUGAUUGAUAUAACUAAACGCACAUGCUGUUGUAGAAUGUCUCAAGUGGGUCAACUACCAUGUCCACAUGCACUAGCAGUAUUUGCAACAUUGAAGUUUGAUGUGUUUGAUUUCUGUUCAUAUUAUUACACGACUGAUGCAUAUGUGAAUACCUACAAAGAGAUAGUUAUGCCUGUAGGUAAAAGAGCAAAGUGGAGUUUGCCGAAUGAUGUAAAGAGUAUAAUUGUACUUGCCCCAAAUCAAAAAAGAAGUUCUGACUGA